UUGCACGGCCCUGGCUGCUGGCUGCUGGCUGGUGGUGUCUGUUUAGUGUUGUUGUUGUCACAUUAAGGGGCCAAAAGAAAGCAUUAACGACGUGAUUAUUACCCUGAGCCUGUCGCAUGAGGUUGCUGGGUGAGCCCCUCCCUGCCAUGAGAGCUGACCACCAGGUCACCAGCACCCCCUCCUUCUGCAGUUGAUGGAUCUGCAGCUGGUCCAGAGAUGACAGACAGCGUCAGGGCCUUCCUCCGCAAUGUUGCGACGGGGAUCAAGGACUCCAUAUUGGGGAUUGGAACAAUCUCCAAGCUGGAUGCCCGCAUCCAGCAGAAAAGGGAAGAGCAGCGGAGGAGAAGGGCCAGCGGGGCCCUGGCACAGAGACGGGCACAGAGCGAGGAGCGCAAACCCGACAAUGACCCCAAAGUAGCCAGCAGGAUUUUGCAAUGCUGUGCCUGGAAUGGAGGAGUGUUCUGGCUCAGUCUGUUUCUCUUCUACCGGGUGUUUAUCCCACUGCUGCAGACUCUCACAGCAAAAAUCAUCGGUGACCCCUCCCUCCACGGCAGCGUGUGGUCCUGGUUAGAGUUCAUCCUGACCUCCGUCUUCAGUGCUCUCUGGGUUCUCCCUCUGUUCGUCCUCAGCAAGAUAGUCAACGCCAUCUGGUUCCAGGAUAUAGCUGACCUCGCAUUCGAGGUGUCUGGAUGUAAAGCGCAGCCGUUCCCCAGCGUCAGUAAGAUCAUCGCAGACAUGCUCUUUAACCUCCUUCUCCAGGCACUCUUCCUCAUUCAGGGCAUGAUUGUCAGCCUGUUUCCCAUCGAUGCCAUUGGACAGAUGGUUAGCCUCCUCCACAUGUCUCUGCUCUACUCGCUGUACUGCUUUGAGUAUCGCUGGUUUAACCACGGCAUUGAGAUGCAUCAACGGCUGUCCAACAUUGAGAGGAACUGGCCGUAUUACUUCGGCUUUGGUUUGCCCAUGGCUCUGCUGACCGCCCUGCCCUCCUCAUACAUCAUCAGUGGCUGCUUGUUCUCCAUCCUCUUCCCUCUCUUCAUCAUCAGCGCUAACGAGGCCAAGACGCCAACAAAGCUGUACCACUUCCAGCUGCGUCUCUUCUCCCUGGUCGUGCUGAUCAGCAACAAGCUUUUCCACAAGACAGUCCACCUGCAGUCCUCCCUGACGUCGUCCGCCUCCUCAGAGAGGCUGUCGUCCCCCCAUACGUCCCCGACCCGCCAGAGACCUGUGCCCACCCAGUGACGGGUCCGCUUCAAGGAGACAGGAAAGCAUUUGAGGAGUGGCUUCACUCAAUGUGAAAAAGUGAUUCUUCCAGAAGGAUUUCCUUUAAUGAAGAUGAUGUGUGGUUUAGGACAAAGGGUUUACAUGUUUUUAUCUGAUAUCUGUCCCCAUUUGCAGACACAUUUUUUAGUGUGACACAAAAAUCGACUGCCCUGUGCCUCACACUCAAAACACAUUAUAUACUCGGCUCUUGACUCGUUUUCUUUUGUGAAUUUUCUUUCAUUGUUUUUUUUUUUUUUGUAUAAUGUGCCAUUUGAGUGACUCUCCUUUAAUAAAUUACAGCACAAGAAAUUGUGUAGUUUUAAUAUGUUUGAGCAAACUUGUGACUGAAAGGAUUUUUUUUUUGUUUUUAACCGAAGGGGGCUUGUUUGCAGAAGCACAGUCGUGUUUUACCGACAUUUUCUUGAUGUUGCAAGUUGCAUUCCUUCCUUACAGAUUGAAUGUUUUGUUGCACAUUGAUACGUUUUUCUGUCAGUUCCAGGAAUAACCUUGUAUAGUUCAAAAGGGAGACUUUUUUAUCCUGUGAGUUUUUAGCAGAAUUUACAAAUCAGUUCAGGAGCUGCUAUUAAAAAAAGGAUUGGUGACCUUAGUAAUGGAAACCAAAUAAAGUCACUCUUGUUGUUUGUUGACUUAAGGUUAGUUUGGUGUUUCAUCCCCAAAAUUAAAUCUCACUCCACUGUCUGAUGAGAUGCAAAUCACAGGGUGACACCAGCAAAGGAAAAGCUACCUAGUCUGUGUGAAUUUAGCAGGUGAUAGACGAGAUGACACUGCCAAACUGUUGCAUCUAUGUUUUGUUUAUUUCACUUCAACCACUACAAUGCUGAGCUCUCUAAUAAAGGAAGGAGUCACAGAGUUAACCCCUUGAAACCUGAA